UUUCCGGUUGCGGCGGAAGCUACAAGUGUUUGCAGAAAAUCCGUCCGAAGAUGGAGACUUUAACUGCGGGACAUAUGAUGAGCUUAGCUGCUCUACAGAGACAAGACCCGUACAUAAACAAGCUGCUGGAUGUUACCGGUCAGGUAGCUCUCUACAACUUCAACUCCAAAGUGAACGAAUGGGAGAAGACUGAAAUCGAAGGAACACUAUUUGUUUAUUCGAGGUCUGCCUCACCUCACCAUGGCUUCACCAUCAUGAAUCGACUGAGUACAGAGAACCUCGUGGAGCCGAUAAACAAAGAUCUGGAGUUCCAGCUCCAGGAUCCCUUCCUGCUCUACAGGAAUGGCAACUUGGGUAUCUAUAGCAUUUGGUUCUACGACAAACGGGACUGUCACCGCAUCGCCCAGCUGAUGGUCAAGAUUGUGAAACAAGAAGCCAAUCACGCCCUGAGAAAGACCCCAGAGAGGGUGGAUCCAGGGAGAACCAAUGGAGUCGCAGAAUCCCGACCCAUCGACAUCCUGGAGCUGCUCAGCAAAGCCAAGGAGGAAUACCAGAGGGCCCAGAGUGGAGAAACAGACGUGUCUGCAGAGUUAAAUGUGAAAACAAGCAUCAACAAGGCUUCAGAACCUGCACACAGUACACAUCCAGCUGAAAAGAGCUCUCACACCAUGGUGAAGCAGAUCACUGUUGAGGAGCUCUUUGGUUCUCCGCUCCCUAAAGAACAUUCCGCGCAGAACGCCGCCUCAUCCUCCUCCUCUGGCGACCUCCCUAGCGCCUACGUGCAGAAGCAGCCGUAUCCUGCUGCAGCUCACCAGGCUCCUCUCCUCACCCAGCAGUUCUCAACCCACGACCCCAGCUCUAGCCAGCAGCCACACAGACCCACUCCCAUCCCCGCUCCCUACACACUCAAUCCCAGUCCUGUCUUCAAACCCAUGGUCCCCAUGCCAGACCCCCAGCCUCACUGCUCCGUCUCCCCUCUGCUGAUGGCUCCAGCUGGAUCGGAGCAUCAGAAUAACCUCACCGCACCCGCAGCACCUUCAGCUGCCUUUCUGGGACAGGACAUUGUUAGCUCUCUCAAGCCAGCAGCUUCAUCUGUGAAUUCCGGCAUCCACAAACCGAUCCUGGCUCCCAGCUUCCUGCCGAGUACGCUGUUCCCCCCUCACAGCUUCCAAGAGCCCAAGAAGGACGUUUUCUCUCAGCCUCCCAAACUGAUUGCGCCAAUGUCUGCUAUUCCUAUGAGCCCUGGUCUUGCUGUUCCAGGCUCAGAUGCUUCAGUGCUGCUCUCCCCAAGCGCUUUCCAGCAGACUACAAAUAAAACCACAACAGUACCGGUCAUCCAGUCCGCCCCUCCGGAUCCAUCCUCUGCUUCUGGAAGAGCUGCAGAGAUUCUGCAGGCCCCCUGCAGUAAAACACAGCUGCAGGACAUUUUGAUACACCUCAUUGAGAAUGACUCGGACUUCCUCAGUGCCAUCCAUGACGCUUACCUGCAGAGCGUAUCCAAGGACUUCAGCAGCAUGAAGCUGUAGUCCGACUUCAAGCGGACAUGAUUUCAGUGUUAGGGCUUCUUUCUGGCCACAGAAGAGGACACAUGAUUUUGGGAGAAAACAAAGGAUGAGCAGGCAGGUUUGUGACGCACGGCACACCACAUUGUCAUUGUCUUUUUUGGCAAUGGUUUGUGUGCCAAGGAUUGUUACAGGAAAGCCGCGCAAUCUAACCCUGGAAUCUUCUGUUACCCUGGAUCAGUCGGCGGGUAACCGAGGCAACACGAAGGGGAGAAUAUUUCUUCUCUACGUCCCUCAGCCAUACUUUCCAAAUAAGGUGAAUCUGGUUAAACUAAUGGCCACUUCUUGAGGAAAUCUGAUUACUUACAGGAAAGGGAGGAAUACAAUGGAUGUUUAUUUACAAAAGUUUUUUUUUAAUUUUUUUAGAAUAAAUACCUUCCUUUUCUUCCAAGAUGCAGUCAAAGCAAAAAAAAACAUAGAUUAUGAAUUAUUCUUUGAGCUGUUUUUUUGUUGUUUUUUUUUUAUUCACGUUCAGUGGUAGAAUAUGUUUAUAACUCCUAAUCGCACAAAGCCCCAUCUUUGCAUCCUUUCUUUCCUCCAUUUGUUCCUGUAUUCUUUUGUUUUCAUCCUUAUUUGCUGUUGCCUCUCCUCCACCAGCUGAGCUCUCAGUGCUUGACCUUUGACCUUCUUGAGGGGGGGGGGGGGAGG